CUGCAAAAUCUGUCCCCCGGACUGGCUGCCACAUGGUGCCAAAUGCUACUGGUUUUCCACAGAGAGUAAAAUCUGGGCCAGGAGCCACGAGGACUGCUCAGCGAGGAGCGCUCGCAUGGUGGUGAUCCAGGAGCAGGAUGAGAUGGAGUUCCUGGGGAACAGCAUUCAAGAGAAGUACCUCGUCUGGACUGGCCUCAGUGCGAACGUGACCGGGAUGAAAUGGACCUGGGUGGAUGGAUCCUUGUUAAAUCAGACGCUGUUCCCCGUGAAAGGAUCUGCUGAAGAGAACAGCUGUGGGGUGAUCAAAGGGAGUCAGAUUCAGUCGGAAACCUGCAGCGGUGAAUACAGAUGGAUUUGCCAGAAGGACGCCAUCCAAAUAGACAGCGGAACUAGCGAUCUGUAGAGCGCUGCCAAUCUGCAGAGAUCCGCUUUAUAUCCGUGCGAUAUUUUUGCAGAUCGGAUGCAGAUAUUAAUUUUGUAUCUGUGCAGGGCUGUGGCAGUCUGCAGUUGUAGAGCCGAGAGGUAACAACCCCUCGCUCUAACGUGCAGCGCUGAGAUUUUUAAAGGGGCUUGUAUUUUAUUUUCUAUUAAGUGCUCAGCUGCAACAUAGGAUCCCAAACUUUCAAAGACUGACACCUGUGCUUCACUUUAAUCACCUACGUAGCCCUCUUUGCAGGAACCAGACAAUGACUCAGGCCCAGACCCUCAAAGCUAGUUAGGUGCCUGGCUCCCAGUAGGAGUUAAGCACUUAAAUACCUCUUGAGGAGAUAGAAGGGUCUGGGCCCUUCUGCCUCAGUUUCCCCCUGCUGGCCCCUUGAUGCUGCUUCCAGGCUGGGGCACUCAGGGUCUUCAGACUCUGGGGAGAGGCAGCUUCUGAACAUGGCCAGCUCUGCUCUGUGCUGUCAAGGGAGGGCUCAAACUUCAGAGCUAAAACCUUUGCCUUCUCCCAUGUCUCUGCCACCCCCCUGCUGCUCACCCCACCGGGCUGCUGGCCAAGGGGGGAGAUGGAAGCAGCAGCCAUAAAGGAGUUUGGGGCCCUGCAGUUAUAUCCCCUCCUUGAUAGGUUGUUUAAAGCCGAAAAGGAGGGGACUGAACUGGUGGGGCCUGAGCACCAUUAGCCCUUAGAGAAGCCACUGUCCCAGUGACACGUGGACGGGCCCAGGUCGCGAGAGGCUGUUCUACACACACGCCUUGUCUAUAGGGCCUGUGUGACCCCACUUGGCAGCUGUAGAUGUAAGCAGAGUCAGGAUGAGCUCUACCCUGACAUCUGGUGGUGAAUUGUGGCUAGUUGUGGAAAAGAACUUCAGGGGCUGAUAUUAUUUGC